AUGCGGUUCUACGCGAUAUUAAUUAUCCUACUUGGAGCGCUCGCCUGCGGUGCUAUGGGGUUAUUCCGAUCGUCGAUGCGGGGGAUCGCCACUGUUGAUGCUGACACCGGCGACAUCGUAUGGAUACCAAUGCCAGGGGAUAUGGCACGGAAUCCGAUCGCUAACAAGAGAGUAUGUGUUUUCUGCAGAGGACAUGACAGAAGAUAG